AUGACUACCGCGGCUACGCAGGGCCCGACACGUGCGCCGACUCCACGGCCCAAGGCAACUCUUAGUGCACCCGAGUUGACGGCGGCCACGGCGGCCACGGCGUCAGCGUCCAACCCACUCCCCAUCCAGCCGUCCGGGCUGCUGUCGGGGAGCGGGCGUCGAGGUGGUGGUGCCGCGGGUGCUACUGCCGGUGCUCCUGCUGAUGGACUUUCCGAUCGAGCGACGGCCAGUCUAAUUCGCCGGACGCUAUGCCCCCAGCAACUCGUCGACAAGGCCAAGAACACCACGCCCGCUCCGAUAGAAGACCUGCUGCCUCCGCUCACGAGCCGCAACGACGUCGACUUGCAGCUGUACGCGCUCAUCGCCAUCAUCCUACGCGAGUUCGUCCAGAACUGGUACUCCAAGAUCACACCCGACGAGACCUUCGUCGCCGAGAUUGUCCAAAUCAUAGCUCACUGCACUAGAGCGCUCGAGCAGCGCCUUCGCAAGGUCGACCUCGAGAGCCUACUAUUGGACGAGCUCCCCGACCUUCUCGAUAGGCACAUCACUGCCUACCGAACCGCCCACGAUCCUGUAGCCCAGCCACCAGUGGUGACGGAUCCUCGCGAGAUAUACCACUCGCUGUACCCGCUUCCUGCGCUGUCUCCAGUUCCCCGCCCAUCAAACCCCGAUAGUGUUGCCCAGCAGGCCGAGAAUGAGGUGGCGUACCGUCAGCUGCUCGUCCACGCCGUCCUGCCGGUGCUGCUCCCAACCGAGGACCUCGAAAAUGAGUGUUUGACGGCACUGGUUGGCCAGAUCUUCUCCGAGCUGAUUAUUGGGAAUGUCUUUGCUCACAAACUAUCGGAGCCGUGGCUUUUAUGGGAGGUGAUCAUUAUUGGCGCUGGUGUUAUUGGACGGCGGAGAGCCGCAGGCAGGCCAGCCGCCCCCGGACCAGGAGCGGGGCCAUCGAGCAGAGGGUCGAAAGAUGGCCGCAGGGGCUUCUCGAUCCAGGCACUGUUCUGGACGGUCCUCCAGUGGGGCUUCGUGGCGGCGUCGCUCCUCAGAGCCAUCGUGGCCAUGCUGAUCACGUCGCGCACGAUACCUCGACGGGCCUCGCGCAACGCUCCAGUCCUCGACGAGCACGAGUAUGACGACCACGCGCUCGGCGCGGCAGCCGCCCAUCACAGGCCAGAUACCAAGCUCGAUCCCAUGCAGGCGGCCGAUUCCUACGAGACGGAGACGAAUACGGAGCCACCAAAGACACCAGUGCUGGCAUUCCGGCUCUGGGCUGCCCUAUCGAAUCUGGCCGAGUUGGACGUACGGAUGCCCUGGCUGUGCGGCACAUUAUCGAUUCUCCAGUGGAUCGCAAUGACUGGGCCGGGACGAAUGGCCAACGUCGACGGCGUGAUUGACAGGUAG